AUGCGUGGCUUCCCGCCGCCAGAACGUUUGGUCACGAAGAGAUCAAAGGCUGGAGCGGCGCGAAUGCUGGGGGACUCUGCCUUGCCUAAAGAAUGGCAAGCAGGCGUUAGCAAAGUCGAGGCGUGUUCUUUGGCCGAGUACGAUGGCGGUAGAGGCCUCGAGACAAUCUUCCCAAAGAAGGAAGACCCUAAGAGACGCUGCAACAUCCUGUGCAUUGGCAGUACAAAUGAGCUCACAAUUUCUUUAGAGCUCGCAGAGAGACAUCAAGAUCGGUACGCUCACGUUCUUCACCGUUUUGACCUCCCUAACGACGAUGAUCGUAUUGGUCUACGCUUGUACGACGUCGACGUGAGCAUAGAGAUUCGGGAACAUCCCCGUAAUCCAAAGCAACGUAAGUCGAAGAGGAGAGCCGAAACGGCAAGUGGAGAAUGCUGGGUGAUACACUUGGAGACCUCUUUGAAGGAGCAGGUCUUAGUAAAAGCGAAGACAAUGCUUCGAAGGUUAGAAUCAGUCACGAAUGCAAUGCCUUCCGACUGCUUCAGCUAUCGAAACUGCUUCGUAAAGCACACGUCGGGUGAACCUGCUAACGACAGUAAUGUCGAGUUCGGUGACGGCGUCUUUACGCAGACCUUCGUGGGCGGGUUUACUUGGCGUUUUGCCGGCAAUCUUGCCAGUAAAGAAUUUCGAGAGGCAUUGGCGGGGAAACUCGCUGAUGAAAAAGCUCGAGAAGAGGUGCCGACGAGACUGCAGCCCUACAGGACUGCAAAAGGAAAGAAGGCUGCCAAGAAAACUCCUGGCAAGCAACGAAGGCUGGAGAGGGUUCAGCAACGGUCAAUGGCAGCGGAUGAGUCUCCCAAAGAGACUCCCGAGCCAGUGGUUGAGCAGGAAGAUGAGAUUGAGCAGCCUGCGCCAUCUAGCCCUGCUGCUUUUUCCUCGGAACCUGAGCUUGAUGAUCAAGAGUCCGGUGAAUCCGACGUGGCCCUCAUUGAAGGUCUUCUUGAUAAGAGGACAAGAGAUGGUGAGGUCGAGUACGAGGUUCAAUGGACCGGUCCCUACAAGCCAACCUGGGAGCCAGCGGCCAAUGUAACCGCCGAGUCUAUUGCAGAGUUCGAGAAGAACAAAGCGGGCAAGGCGAAAAAGCGCAAGGCUAGGCCUCCCAAGAGCAAGCAGACGACUACGACUACGGCCAAUGCGCCUAAGACGAGAUCUGCGGGCAACGCAGCGAGGAAGUCGGCCAAGUAG